ACAGCAUCCUGAAGAUGAAUACAGAAUUGCAGGCUGUAUCUGAAGCAACACAAUGUGCCUCUAAUGAGCAAAACCCAUACAGUAGACUUAUAAGCAAGGAAGGUGAAAUAAACAUCUGUCUGAAAAAUAUUGACUCGCACUAUUUUCUUUAUUUAUGCCGGGACCUAUGGACCACCUUAUUAGAUUUUAAAUGGUACAUGAAGCUCAGUCUUGUGGGUCUGGCUUUCACUGUAAGCUGGAUUUUCUUUGGCCUGCUUUGGUACCUUAACGUUAUCUAUUACAGCGAUUUGCAGAGCUCAUCCAAUCACACAAUAUGCAUCACCAACGUGAACAGCUUUGUAAGUGCCUUCUUAUAUUCACUGGAAACUCAGACAACAAUCGGCUACGGUUCUAGGCAUGUCACUGGGGUGUGCCCUUUCAGCAUCAUUCUACUUGUCUUUCAGGUCCUUUUUGGGAUCGCUCUGGAUGCUCUAGUCGGUGGGAUGCUUUUCGCUGAGCUUUCACGGCCAAGCCGACGUUCUGCAAUGAUAAAGUUCAGUCACAACGCCUUGAUCACCCACACUGAUGGCUGCCUGUGUCUCCUUAUUCGAGUGGCUGAUCUUGGACGAUGCUUUUUGGUGAAAUGUCAUAUUUCUGCCAAGCUGUUCAGGAAGGUGCCAUCCAAGAACUUCAGGGCUAUUACAUUCACACAGGAAGAUGUCAAAUUUACAGUUGAUGGAUCAACGCAGGAGCCAUUUUUGGGAUUUCCAGUCACCUUUUACCACAUAAUUGAUGAACAAAGUGCAAUGAAAGGACUUAAUGAGCAAAAUCUAGAGCAUCAAAAGUUUGAACUUGUCAUUGUUAUUUCUGGAAUAAUUGCUUCCACUGGGGCUACCUGCCAAGCACGUACUUCUUACUUACCCAGUGAAAUUAAGUGGGGACAUAAUUUUGCUUCCAUCUUUACAGUUGCAGAAGAUGGCAAAUACAAAGCAAAUUGGAAAGAAUUUGAUAGGGUCAAUCCGAGUGAAAAAUUGCAAUGAGAUGUUAUUUUACACUAUAACUCUGAAUUGGAUUAGGUGGAACUGAAAAGGUCUUCACUGCAAAGAAGAAAACACUUGACAUUAGUAAAUCCAAAGAGGGAGCAUCAUUUUGCCUUUUUCGGAUUCAUGCUUUUUUUACUGUAAAGGUGUUUGUAUCUAAGCCGUAUUGUUUAUUUGAGAUUAUGUGAAAGGGAGUCACAAUUUUUCUUAACCGUAGCAGACAAGACUUCAACAAUUUGGUUUUCCUUUUAUUUUUAGCUGUGUUUACGCACAUAUGCAUUCCAACUCAAAGACAGAAUGAACAACUCCUGUCUACACCAAUGUCGUACCCACACGGUCAACUUUUCCCAUAGUGUGUGUGGCCAUCCUCACAUAAUCAAAAACUUAUG